UAAAUAUAUAUGAUCUUAAAGCUUCAACACCUAAUCAUUAUAAUAAGGCUUCCAUGCACAUUAAAUCUCCAGAUUGAAUUCACAAACAAAACACAGAGAAUUGAGGAUGAAGCUCAAAGUUUUGAUCAUUGGGGGUACUGGAUACAUAGGGAAAAGGCUGGUGAAGGCCAGUCUAGAACAAGGCCAUGACACAUAUGUUCUCCAACGAUCAGAUAUCGGGCUUCACGUUGAGAAAGUCCAGAUGUUGUUGUCUUUCAAGAAGCAGGGAGCUCGUCUCCUCAUUGGUUCGUUUGACAAUCAUCGCAGUCUCGUGGAAGCGGUGAAGCAAGUAGAUAUUGUGAUAUGUACAAUAUCUGGUAACCAUCAACUCCUGCUUCAACUAAAACUUGUUGUAGCCAUCAAAGAGGCCGGAAACAUUAAGAGGUUUUUGCCGUCUGAGUUUGGUGCGAAUCCAGCUAGAAUGGGGGACGCAAUGGAACAAGGAAGGGCAAUCUUCGAUGAAAAAAUGGUGGUGCGAAAAGCUAUUGAAGAUGCGGGAAUCCCUUUCACUUACGUAUCUGCAAAUUGCUUCGCUGGUAUUUUUGUUGGAGGGCUGUGUCAAGUCGGCCGCUUUAUUCCUUCAUGGGAGUCGGUCGUCUUGUAUGGAGAUGGCAAUCGAAAGGCUGUAUUUAUGGAUGAAGAUGAUGUAGCAGCAUAUACGAUCAGAACCAUAGACGAUCCACGCACUGUUAACAAGACGGUCUACUUGAGGCCUCCAGCGAAUAUACUUUCACAACGGGAAGUUGUGGGAAUCUGGGAGAAGCUCAUCGGCAAAGAGCUCAAGAAGUCGUCUUUGUCGGAACAAGAUAUUCUCAAUAUCAUGAAAGAGAAAGAUUUAGCAGAGCAGGGAGUAUGGAGUCAUUGCUACCAUUUUUUCUACCAAGGUUGCCUUGCGAAUUUUGAGGUCGAAGAUGAUGCUGAAGAAGCUUUUCUUCUUUAUCCUGAUAUCAAAUACACUAAAAUGGAGGACUACCUCAAACAAUACAUUUGAUUGAUUACAAUUCUCGUUGCAUAUUGAUAUUGUGUUUGCUUCAACCGUGUAUGUAAUUAGUGUUUUUGUUUGAAUUAUCCGAAAAUAAGGACAAGUUUGAGUUGUACAAACUUGGGUUCAUGUCAAAUUACACAAACGGGCACCGGUGCAAAGUCACGCCACUAUUCGGCUAACACAUCGGUUAGCGAGAUGGUAUGUUGUAAGUUGAAUGUAUUGAAUGAGAUGCAUAUGUAAGCGGACAU